AUGCCUCGUCCCAGACAGAGGGGCCAGGACCCCGCGCCUCCGGACGGGCUUGAUCCUGACAUCCCUGAGGUAGUAAGGUCGCAGCCAUAUCAAGGACCAAUGUCAGCAAAGACUCGACUUGCUUCUCACCUUCCUCCUUUGCAUAAGCUGGACGACAUAUACGAACACAUGACUAAGAGAGCGCUGGAGCUCAACUUCGACGCCGUCUUGUCUCACUUGGGCUCGAAGCCUUUGCGUGUUGUCACCAUGUGCUCGGGGACCGAGAGUCCUCUGCUUGCUUUGGAAAUGGUGCAGAACGUCCUCAGGAAAAAUUUUGGAAAAAGCUUCGAGUUGCAUCAUCUGUUUAGCGCUGAGAUUGUGCCCUUCAAACAGGCAUACAUUGAGCGUAAUUUCCAUCCCCGUUAUCUCUUCCGAGAUGUAGAACAGCUGAAGGACCGGUUCGCACAAACGGCCUAUGGUUCUCUCGAGAAAAUUCCCAAAAAUCCUGAUUUGGUGAUCGCGGGAUUUUCAUGCGUCGACUUCUCUGGUUUGAACAAUAAGAGAAAGACCCUCGAUGAACAGGGCGAGUCUGGGGGCACGUUCUGGGGCAUCAUUCGCUAUGCCGUAGCCUACCGUCCGCGGAUCGUCGUCCUGGAAAAUAUCAAAAAUGCGCCAUGGGAAAAGAUUGCAGAACAUUGGAACGAGAUUAAUUAUGUCGCUGUCCACAACAACGUCGAUACCAAGGCAUAUUAUCUGCCACAGACCCGAGAACGGGGAUACAUGCUCUGUAUCGACCGAAACCUCUUGGACAAGCACGGCCUUUCUGAACAGAGCGUGAUGGAUUGGCCAAAGAUUCUCAACGAUUUCAGACGUCCUGCGAGCUCCCCAGCAGGUAUGUUCCUAUUGGACGCCAACGAUCCAAGGCUCGAACAAAUCGAGAAAGACAUGUCGAUUCGAGUCACGUCCACGACAGUAAGAGCCACCAUCGACUGGAAAAAGUACCAAUCUCGUCAUCAGAACUACCGUUCGACUCAGGGACUUGGCUUUGAAAGGCCCAUGAGCAAGUUUCAAGAUAGCGGUGCAUGCCAGACGCCGGACUUUGCCUGGCAGACGUGGUUUAGAUUCUUGCCCGAACGAAUCUGGGAUACCAUUGAUGUCAACUUCUUGCGGAAGCUGAUUGAAGGAUAUGAUAUGAACUUCAAAGAGAGAUGCAUUGAGCUUUCCCAAGGCGUUGAUCGAGAGAUCGAUAGUCGCGCAUUUGGCAUUAUCGGCUGCAUCACACCCUCAGGUAUGCCAUAUAUCACAACAAGAGGCGGGCCCCUAUGUGGGCUUGAGUCUCUGGCGCUGCAAGGUCUGCCCUUGGACAGACUUUUACUCACCAGAGAAUCAUCGCGGGAUCUGCAGGAUCUCGCCGGGAAUGCCAUGAGCUCAACUGUCGUCGGUGCCGCAGUGCUCUCCGCCCUUAUUGUGGGACAUAAAGUACUGCCGCCAGGGAUGCAGUCAUCUACUGCCAGUAAUCUUAUCCCCAAGCAUAAGACGAUCGGCCUCCGUCCAGAUCUUCAGAUGACGCCGCGGAUCUUGCAGCUGAGCCAAGUUGGCCCAAUCAAAACCCCAGAUCUUCAGAUGCAAGCCACAAGCAGCGCAAGGUACUGCUUAUGCGAGAGGCAGUCUGGUGUAAGGCAAGAUAUCUUGAAGUGCACCUUGUGUGAGCAUACUGCCUGCUCUGACUGCGCCGGUAAUCCAUCUCAUGCAUACGAACGGUGGUCCAAUUUGAUUCGCAGUCAGCCCUCUGAUUUCGUCAGAAGGCUGAAGAGCAUACUGCCCGCUAGGUUGAUUAUGUAUGGAUUGGAUCGCGAAAGCUAUCAUUCUUUCGAUAGAAGCCUGCCUCAGAACUCCGAUCCUGUUUGGGAAAAAUACUUGGAUGCUGUUAUCAGAACUGUUGGUGAUGAACUCCGUUUCUUGGAUGUCCGACGCAGUGAAGUUUGGGCCGCUGUCUAUGAAGGAAAGUGCUCCUUUUUGAAACUCAUAAUCAGUGCCUCCACAAUUGAGUGGUUGCUUUUUGCGAAGCCGCUCGAUUCGGAGCCUGCCCUAUCCCUUCACCGUGAGAUCUUAUCGAAACCCAUCGCGCGCAUGAAGCCGGAUCCAGACACACUCCUCGAAGGUAUCUGGGAGGUGUGCGCCCCACUGAGUUCAAAGUGUACAUUGACUAUUUCAGGCACUGGCAGCCAGGUUUUGACUUACGAGGCACGUUGUGGUCUGGAAAAGAAGGGGUUUUUUGAUUCCAGACGUUGGAAUCGACUCGAUGUUCAAGGUUCCAGCGUCGAUUGUCAGCAUCUCGAAGUCGACAUCCGUGGAACCUAUCAACUUCUGCCUGACUGUGGCACUGCAAACGGGUGUCUGCACAAGAAAGAGGCCACCGAUGUAGACCCUGGAGUGUAUUUGUUCCUUGACCCCACGAAGCUGGGAGAGCCCAAGAACGACUCUUUUGUAUUCGCUUUGGAGCAUCGGCGUAAUCCCGGCUAUGAGUCCCGAGUCACGAUUGCUGAAUUGUCCCACACAUGGCGCUCUUCCACAGCAAGCGGUGCUCGGAGAAAGGUCAACGCGUAUUAUCGCAAAUGGGCCCAGGUUCGGACCAUCAGGCUGGAACUAUAUGCCCCAGAUUCCUCUGUCACUUGUUCUGGCUUGCGGCCAGGGACAACAGUCUACAUGGAAAAUGCUGGCUGCCACGAUGCAAACAUCACCCUGCUAUCCCUCUCCGCACCAGCUGAUGCCAUCGACUCUCUAUGGUGUAAAGGGCCAUGGAAAGUAACAAAUCCAACAGAAUCAAAAUCCCUACUGCGAGAUUUUGCUUGGUUGCUUCAGAAGUCUUCGGAAUUCGCUGGCUUUCAGGAUUGGAACCCAAUUACCACAUAUAUUCGAGUGGACGCAGAAACCGGCUCCACCUGCCCUGUGUGCACUCCCCCAAAGCCGCGAAUACUGUGGGGUCGGGAUGAAAAAGGCCGGAUCAAAGCAUAUGAAGACCCACGGGAUGCAGCUCUGUAUGAGCGUCAGGUAAAAGCGAAGCCAUCGCCGUUCCUGAUAUUUCGCCAUGUUGAUGAAGACGACGUCGGACAUCUCCGUGUCACCCUAAACGUGCAGACUCUGUUGCAUAAAGCUCAUGCAAAAUUGGGCAGCUCCGGAUCAAACAAUGCCUCGUUUUACUGGCGUCUUAUUCCAAACGCGCAUGAUGAACGAAAAUUUCUGUUUCCUAAAUUCAAUUUGCUGAGCAACAGAAACGAUCCGCCUCAUGGCCAGCCGCCAAAUUUUCGGAAAAUUCUGAGACCAGAGCAAUUGCGGUCGUUGUCAUGGAUGUUAGAACAAGAAAAGGAUGACAUUGCGCCCUUCGUUGAGGAGGAGGUCGAAGAGGAAAUUCUUCCAUCCAUGAUGUGGCGUGCAGAGGGCAAGGUCGUGAUCCAGAGAGCCGUCCGCGGAGGUGUCUUAGCGGACGAUGUAGGAUACGGCAAGACGGCGAUCACACUGGGGCUCAUCGAUGUGCAGCACAGCAGGGGCCAUGAUACUAUACCAAAGGCCAUGGCGGGCUUCAUUCCCACGAAAGCGACUCUCGUUCUCGUGCCCCAGAUCGUGCUUGAGCAAUGGCGGUUGGAAAUCGCAAAAUUCGUUGGCACCAAGUACGAGGUCCUGGUGUUGCCCUCGGGGGCAGAAUUUUCAAAAAAGAUGAUCAGCGAUAUUCUUCGUGCCGAUAUCAUAUUGGUCCCUUGGUCUGUUCUCAACAACCAGUCAUAUUACCAGAGAAUGCAAAGAUUCACGGGCAUGCCACGAGUUCCCGAACGCGCAGGUCGGAACUUCGAUGCUUGGUUUGCAGAGGCACAAAAAUCCCUCAGAGAACAAGUCCAAAUUCUGAUGGAUCGAGGACCCCGUGAAUUCCUGGAAUCUCUGCGCAACAAGCGUCAGGUGGUUAAAGCCACUCAUGGAAACCGCACCUACACCCCGUCAAAACGGCUUAGAGGGAAGCAGUAUGCGGCAGCACAUGAGACGAAUGAGAGCAAGCGGGAUGUUGGCAUGCAGUACGCCGAUUUGUCUGACGCAGAGGAGCCGAAUGCGGAUGGUGACGGAGACCCCGAGGCUGUCCGGGCCAAGGUAGAGCAGUUCAUGGAGCUCCAGGCCGACGCCGCAAGAGCGGACGCCACGCAUACGCCUGACGAGUCCUACUCCGACGAAGAUACUGCAUACGAGGAGUCUUCAACGGAGAGCAAUAAUCAAACAAAGGCCGAGGAAGAUACUACAGACGAGGAGUCUUCAACGGAGAGCAAUAAUCAAACGAAGGCAGGACCUUGCAAAGACCGCUCGAGCAGAAAGAGAAAGCGGGACCAGUCAAGCACUGAAAAGGAAAAAAAGACGUGGGACGACCGAAAAGAAUUCAACAUCAUCAGAAAUAAAAGAAACCAACAGUGGUACACGGUCAAGACUCCUCUCCUGCACGCGUUCCUCUUCAACCGUAUUGUCAUCGACGAAUUCACGUAUGCCGGUAAUGAGCGACUCGCGCCCCUUCUGGCCCUGCGGGCUCGUUCGAAGUGGAUUCUCUCAGGUACACCACCGUUGAACGAUUUUGCCGAUGUCAAAACCAUCGCUCCUUUUUUGGGAAUCCAUUUGGGAGUCGAUGAUGAGAAUACUUUGUCCCAGAACACUCGUUUGAAGGUUCUGCGAAAAAACAGGUCAGAUGCAGAAGUUUUUCAGUCCUGGCGGGCUCCGAGCAGCGAGGCAUGGCAUCGCAACCGCCAUGAGGUUGCUCAAAGGUUUCUAGAUCAGUUUGCACGCCGAAAUAUCGCAGAUAUUGAUGAGAUUCCUCAUUCGGAGCACCUUAUUCUGAUUGACCAGUCCCCGGCUGAAUGUGCAAUCUACCUCGAGUUGUACAAGCAGAUAAUGACGCACAACAAGCAGCUGCGUCGAAGCAAGCGCGGACGAUUCAAAAAUGAUCAGAACGAACGACUGGAUGAAAUAAUCAGCAGCAGUAUGUCACCGGAAGAAGCUCUGCUCAAGUGCUGUUCCUCAUUGGCGCUGAAAGGACGCUGGGACGAGGGGAAACCAGAAGUCAUUACCUGCAGUUCUUUGAUUGCAACUCGAGAGAACCAACUGGCUAAUCUUCAAGCCGAAUUUUUGAGUAAUAUGAAAUUGGCGGCCUGGCUCUAUUUCGGAUGCGAUCUGGGAUAUGAGGGAUUCCUUAAAUUCGCCGAGGGUAUCAUCAAGCAUCAAUUUGGUGACGAGGCAGUGACUACUGCAGCCAUUCUGCAUUUCAAAUCUGCUAUGCAAGCAUCGCAUUCCGACGACUGGAGACUUUUCUUCGCCGAUCCUGUAGAAAAGAGAUCCAGUCCGGAGAAAGCAGACAGCCCGGAAGAAGAGGAGCCCAGCCCGGAGAAAGCGAAGAGCCCAGAGGAAGCCGAACCUGGAAUGAACGUCUCGCAGGGACUAGAUACAGGGAGCGUUGAGAGCGACAAGAUGGCGGAAGUGGACAACAAACUUCAGGGUCCCCGCAAGAAAGCAAAACGUGUGGCCGGCAAGGCAGCACAGAAAAGCCGGGCAAAGAAGACAAAGCGCGUUGAGGUUGAGAGAGAUCAAAGCAGCGAAAUGCCAUUCAAGCCGACGCAAUUCAAUGAUUUCGAGCCCUGUAUGGAUGAGGUUACAUCCAUCUUGCGGAGCAUAAUGGCGGAGUGGGUUCUGCGUGAAAGAGCUCUGAGGUUUCUCAGGACCGUGCGGAUGCUGCAAACUAACCCGGUAACACCUGAGUGCGACUGCUGCGAAGAAGUAGAGUCGCGCAGUGACUUAAGUGUUCUUGGAUCCUGCGGUCAUGCACUGUGUAAGGAGUGCGUUUCGAAGACUGUCCAGUUUGAAGAAUGCGCCGUCGACAACUGCCGUGGCUCGGGUACCAAAUUUAACGUGAUCAGAGCUGCCUCACUCGGUCUCGAAGGGGACCGAAACACUCAGUAUGGAGGAAGCAAGAUGGACAAAUUGGUCGAGAUUGUCAGAAGAAUUCCCAACCAGGAACGAGCGAUCCUUUUCAUCCAGUUCGAUGAACUCAUUGAUGUUGCUUCCAAAGCAUUCGAUUUGGCGAAAAUCACUCACACAGUGAUAACCGCCCGUGACACCAAGAAGAUCGAAGAAUUUAAGAAGGGUAACGAAAAAGUCGUGAUACUGAAUCUGGGUAGCGAGACGGCUGCUGGAUUAAACCUGCAGUGCACAAAUCAUGUCAUCUUCCUCUCGCCUAUGCUCGCGCAGACGCAGUACGAUUAUGAUUCCUCGAUGACACAGGCAAUUGGUCGCGCCCUUCGCUACGGUCAGACGAGGCGCGUCCACGUCUACCAUCUGCUGACGAAGAGAACAAUCGACGUCAACAUUUUUCAGGAGCGACGUGGAAAGAUCGUGGUUGAGCGAGACGGUCAGGCUGUUUUGGUGAACGAUGAUGAAUGUCUUGAUGGAGAAGCAUUUAGCUGCCAGGGACCCGCCUUGGUUGUGGAUAACUUCUUUUGA